CUGGUCCUCAUGGCGCUGCUGCCCAUCUUCUUCGGGGCGCUGCGCUCCGUCAGCUGCGCCAAGAGCAAGAACUCCUCGGAGAUGCCAGAGACCAUCACCAGUCGGGAUGCUGCUCGUUUUCCCAUAGUUGCCAGUUGCACCCUCCUGGGGCUCUACCUCUUCUUUAAAAUCUUCUCUCAAGAGUACAUCAAUCUUCUGCUCUCCAUGUAUUUCUUUGUCCUGGGGAUCCUGGCCCUGUCCCACACCAUCAGCCCCAUGAUGAACAGAUUCUUCCCUGCAAAUUUCCCCAACAAGCAGUAUCAGCUCCUCUUCACCCAGGGCUCUGGGGAGAGCAAGGAGGAAAUAGUGAAUUACGAGUUUGACACCAAGGAUCUUGUCUGCCUGGCCCUGAGCAGUGUUGUGGGGGUUUGGUACCUGCUGAGAAAGCACUGGAUUGCCAACAACCUCUUCGGGCUGGCGUUCUCCCUCAACGGAGUGGAGCUGCUGCACUUGAACAACGUCAGCACUGGCUGCAUCUUGCUCGGAGGCCUCUUCAUCUACGACGUGUUCUGGGUCUUUGGCACCAAUGUGAUGGUGACAGUUGCCAAAUCCUUUGAAGCCCCGAUAAAACUGGUUUUCCCUCAGGACCUGCUGGAGAAGGGGCUGGAGGCUGACAACUUUGCCAUGCUUGGUCUGGGAGACAUUGUCAUUCCAGGGAUCUUCAUCGCCUUGCUGCUGCGGUUUGACAUCAGCUUGAAGAAGAACACGCACACGUAUUUCUACACCAGCUUUGUGGCCUACAUCUUCGGGCUGGGCCUGACCAUAUUCAUCAUGCACAUCUUCAAGCACGCCCAGCCUGCUCUUCUGUACCUGGUCCCUGCCUGCAUUGGGUUCCCGCUCCUUGUGGCCUUGGCAAAGGGAGAAGUAACUGAAAUGUUCAGCUAUGAGGAGAGCUCUACCCCCAAGGAGGUGCCAGGGGCCUCCAAAGAAGAGCCAACAGAAGCUGCCAAGAAGGAGAAGUGACCUUGCCCGUGGGCUGUGCCUGGUGCCACCGGGCUGGGCCCCUCCCAGACCCUCCGCAAGUGACAGACGACAAAACAAUUGUGCAAGAGCAUCGUGUUGUGUGUGUCGGAGCAGCCGCAGGUGGGGAUCGAUGUACGCCGCAUAGCCACCCCCCUGCCCCCCGCCUGCUCAGCUCCCACGGGGGCACCAGGCGGGUGGGGGACAAACCACAGGCCGGUUUUUAAAUUUUGUAUCGUGCGUUUGCUUUCUCUCAUAUUAAAUCAUGUCGAAGGA